AUGAAGUUUUCCGGAACCUACUACUGUACCGGAAUACUUGCCAACCAAGAUUUUCGGUACACAACUUUCCCCUUCUGUACCGGAGAAGGUGGUGGAAAUUCAUCAAAUGGAUUAAAAGCUAGUGAUGUAGAUCCACGUUUGGUAUUUCAUGAUGGGGUACCAUCUUGUGGUAUCAAGUUUGCAAGUGACAAUAUUCAGAAGAUAUUGGCUCUUUCUACCAAUGAUGGGAGGAUUAAAUUAUUUGGUAAAGAUAAUGCUCAAGUCCUACUUGAAUCUAAAAAGGCAGUGCCUAGCAAGUUUUUACAGUUCAUCCAAAAUCAAGGCAUCCUUAUAAAUGUAACUUCAAAUAAUCAUAUUGAGGUUUGGGACAUAGACAAGAAAAAGUUGUCUGACUUAUACAUUGUUAAAGAAGAAAUCACUUCUUUUGCAAUCCUUCAGCACAGCCUCUAUAUGUAUAUUGGAGUUUCUAGUGGUAAUAUAUCAGUUUUGAAGCUUGAUCAAGAUUGGCAUGUGGUACGGAUGAAUUACACCAUACCCCUCUCAGCUUCUUUUGGGAAUUCAACUGAAGCAUUUGAUGAUACUGUUGUGACACACAUAUUGCCUCAACCAGCGGCCGAAAGUAAAAGAGUUCUCAUAAUCUUUAGAAAUGGGCAAAUAAUAUUAUGGGAUAUUCAAGAAAGCAGAUGCAUUUUCAGAACUGGUGGAAAUGUGUCACAGCCACUACACAAUAAUGAAACAAAGAAAGUGUCUUGUGCAUGUUGGGUGUGUCCUUUUGGAAGCAAAGUGGUUGUAGGGUACAGCAAUGGAGAACUCUUCAUUUGGAGCAUCCCUUCUCUAACCACAGGAAAUGGCUCAGCUUCUGAUUGUAGCAGCAAAAACACUCCUAUGUUCAAAUUUAACUUGGGAUAUAAAUCAGAUAAAACUUGUAUAGAAUCCAUAAAAUGGAUAUAUGCUGAAGGAAAGGCUAGUAGAUUAUAUGUCAUGGGAGCUUCUAACUCAAUGCAGGUAGUAUUGUUGAAUGAUCAUACCGAAACUCGCACAAUUAAGUUAGGACUUUAUUUGUCUGAAUGUUGUGUUGACAUGGAGAUCAUAUCAACCUCAAAUGAACAAAGCAAGAAUAAACAAAAUUCUUUGAUUUUGCUUGGGAAAUCAGGCCAUGUAUAUCUGUAUGAUGAUAGUUUGAUUGAAAGGUAUCUAUUGCAUAAUCAAACUAAGUCCACUCCUUCACUGCCAAAGGAAGUUAUGGUGAGGUUACCACUGGCUGAUUCAAGCAUCACCACAGCAAAAUUCAUCUCCAACACUUCCAAUGUGUUUUAUUCUCAAGAUGAGUAUUAUAGACAGAUUCUGAAAAACUAUCCCCGGCUUAUUCCCAUGGAAACAAAUCAGAAAGAUGGGAUUAACCUGAGUUCUGCCAACUUCUCUGGAUUUUCAAACAUUAAAAACUUGUACAUAACUGGACACCAUAAUGGAGCCAUAACUUUUUGGGAUGCAUCAUGUCCCUUUUUCAUCCCAGUUUUUCAAUUAAAGCAGCAGAGUGAACAUGAUUAUUCUUUAAGUGGUGUGCCCUUGACAGAAUUAUAUUUUGACAUCAACUCUCUUCUCCUUGUUUCUGGUGAUCAUAGUGGAAUGGUUCGAAUAUUCAGAUUCAAACCCAAACCGUACACCUCCAACAGCUUCAUGUCGCUUACAGGAGGUACAAAGAAAGGGGUUGAUCAUGUAAUUCAAAGUGUGAAACUUGUAAAGACUAUUGGUUCUGUAAUUUGUAUGAAUAUAGAUCAUAGCUCAAAGCUUCUUGCUGUUGGUUCUGAUCAAGGAAAUGUUUCAGUUAUUGACAUAGAUGGUCCAUCUCUGUUAUAUCAGAAACAUGCUUUAAGUGAAAUUUCUACUGGUAUCAUCUCUCUGCAGUUCAUAACCUGUAGUUUAUACGGUUUUGAGAAAAACAUCCUAGCAGUUGGAACAAAGGACUCAUCUGUUUUGGCACUGGAUAGUGAAACUGGAAAUGCACUGAGUAUUGGAACUGUUCAUCCUAAGAAGCCAUCUAAAGCUCUAUUUAUGCAGGUGUUAGAUGGAAAAUGUGAACCAAUUACAGAAAAAGAUAACUUAGACUUGAGAGAAGGGAAUCAUAUUGUGGAUGCAACAACAAAGAACUUGUACAUUUUGAUGUGUUCUGAGAAGGCUUUAUAUGUCUUUUCAUUUGAGCAUGCUCUACAGGGAAUCAAAAAGGUGCUUUACAAAAAGAAGUUCUAUCCUUCUUCCUGUUGCUGGGCGUCGACAUUUUACAGCACCUCUGAUAUUGGUCUCAUACUACUUUUCACCACUGGAAAAGUAGAAUUAAGGUCUUUGCCAGAAUUAUCUUCGAUCGUGAAGACUUCAAUCAGAGGUUUCACUCAUUCACCUCCGAAAUCGAAGUCAUUUUCUGACAGCCAGAUAUGUUGUUCAUCCAGAGGAGACCUUGUUUUGGUGAAUGGUGACCAAGAAAUUUCUGUUGUUUCGUUGUUGGUCCAGAGGAAUAUUUUUAGGCUUUUGGACUCUGUUGGCUGCAUCUACAACAAGGAAAGGAUGCUAUCACAAGAAGAGUUGGUUCCUAACCCUGUCAUACCUAAGGAAAAGAAGAAGGGCAUAUUCAACACUGUAAUCAAAGAUUUUGCUGGAAGUAAAGAAAAGCAUAUGCCCUUCAAGGAAAAAGAAGAUCCUAAAGGAAGUAUCCAGGAACUCUCUGCAAUAUUUUCACAUGCAAAUUUUUCACUGGAUGCCAACAAUACUGUGGACGAAAAUCAGCUAGAAUUAAGCAUAGAUGACAUAGAUCUGGAAGAUCAUAGAGAAAUACGCAAAGAACAAAGCUUAUUAGGAGCUCUUAAUAAGAUGAAAUUGGCUGGCAAAUAUCAGGCUUUGAAAGGAAGAGUGAGAGAGAUGAAGGGAAACAACCAGAGAGUACCAGAGAAGGAAGAGCAACAAGAUGAGAAAGCUGGUGCAGUCAAUCAAAUUAAAAAGAAAUAUGGAUUUUCUUCUUCGUCCAAUGUAACAUGUGUCACUAAAUCGGCAGAAAGCAAGCUGCAGGAAAACACAAGGAAAUUGCAGGGUGUUGAGCAACGUACUACAGAGAUGCAAAACAAAGCAAAAUCAUUUUUAUCAAUGGCAAAGCAAGUGCUGCGAAAUGUUGAACAGAAUAAAAGAAGUUGAUAAGACCUGUUAGAGUGGAGAUGCGUGACCAUUGCACUUGAAGCUCGCUGAACUGAAGUACAGAUGAAUAACUACAACCUACAGUGCAAAUAAAAAAGUGAUUGCUGCAACUUUAAGCCAUACGUUAUAUUGAUAAAGACCCACAACUGAUUCAAGGACAUAUACAAGUCAUUAGCUCUGGAAUUUGUACAUUAAAAUAUCAUAGGCUUAUGUUCAUAUUUUCUCUCCACUUUCUUUCUCUUUGGAGAGAAUUGUUUUGGUAGAAUUAUUUCCACCAAGGAAUACUUACACAUACACACAAUAGCAAAUUAAAAUGUCAACAUUGAUAAAAAAAUAAAUAAGUAAAUUAAAAUGUCAACUCUUAAACAUGACAAA